AUGCCACCGAAACGGGUUGCCGUAGUUGCUCCAGUAGAUUAUCAUAUUAGGACGCGAAAUGCCUCGAGAAAUUUGAUCCCAGUAGUCGUUACGCCUCGAGUAGUUGCAUUGAUCCCCGAUAGCGAUUCAGAAAGUGAAGAGAGGCCUUCGCGACGAUUAAAUUUUGAUAUCUCGCCUGUUAGAGAAGAGCCGGAGCAAGUAAACGUACCGGUAAACAUGGAUCCCGACCUAGCCCAGGCUCUCGCAAAUUUUGCAAAUGGUGCUGCUCAGGAUCGGGCACAGUAUCAGGGGCGUCACGAUGCAUUAAUGAAUCUUCUAGCGGCCCAGCAACAAGAAAGUGCAGCUUUGCGGGCACUGCCGUCUACGUUGCCACCAGUGCCAAUGCAUCCACCACCGGUUCCGACACCCCUUCCUCCUGCAGCACCACACAUUGAUGUCGGAUCGGCAUUGCUGUCAAUGGGAAAGCAGAUCGCUGGAUUGACGGAACGACUGAAUGGAUUAACGCUGGGAGGAGACCAGCGCCAAAUGCAGCGCCAGCCGGAUAAUCGCAGCUGCUUUCAGUGUGGAGCGAUCGGUCACAUCAAGAGAAAUUGUCCUCGGGGGGCGGGAAACGGCCAGGCCCCGUCGGCUGGCCCAGGCCAGCGCUGACGGGAGAACACAUUGAUGAGUCGUCCCGACCAACUCAACUGCCUGUCAUCCGCGUUUACAUCCAAGGAGUUGGUGAGACAGACGCCUUGCUGGACACAGGAUCCAGCAUAACAACAGUAAGGUUACCAGUAGUAAGACGAAUUGUUAAGAAUAAAGGCAUUCGUAUUCUUCCAGGGAUAAGGGGAAUAGAUAAUAAGGUUGUAAGAGUAGUAGAUGAAAUUCCUUUACAAAUUUGUUUUAAAGACACUAGAGUGUUUCUUGAAAAGGUCGCAGUUGUUGAAAUGGCCCCCUUUCCCUUGAUUUUGGGCGUAGAUUGGCUGGUGAAAGCCAAUAUAAAUUUAAUCUGUAAGGAUAAUCAAAUUGUUCCAGUGUUCAUAAAAGAUGUAGAAGAGGAAGCUGAUAUUGACAAGACCAACACAUCGAUUCCGGAAGAAGUAAACAGAUCACUGCCGUCAGAAGAAUUUUUUCAGGAUUUGGCUAAAGAUUUGCCGGCGGUGCGACGGAAAGGAUCCGUUAGAUUUAGCGUGAAGAAAGCCGUUGAAGUUGCGGGCGAAUCGCUCCGGAUGUUAAAAGGAUCAGUCCCAAUUGAUUUCAC